UUAAUAAAUCAAAAGCUCACGUCAAAGUUGCACAAAUAUGCAAUUUCUGGAGUCGUAUUCUGUAACCAUUCAUUUUAUCUUACAUUCUUCUUCUCUUAUCGGCAGACACCCCAAGCGACCGAUCACGUUGAUAACGGCUGAGUAGCCUCGUCUGAGCCUAUGAUAGAAGGACAAAUGUAUCGAAAAUAAAAUUGAACUUGGCGAAAUGCGGUCGCUGGCUUUCUCUUCGCAACUUUGUCACACCUUCGUAAAUAAGAGCUAUUUGCACAGGGUAACAAUAGCGCUGCGAUAUUCUACGCUUGCAAUUAUAACAUUAAUUAUGCUGGUGGCGUAGCUGACGACGGCAAAAACCAGAUGAAAUAAUAAAUUUAUCUUGUGUGAUGCGAAAAUGGUGUCUCCUAUCGAACAGGCCCGGAUUGCAGGCAGGCUACUUCGAGGCCGUCAAUCUCGACUCUGUUGACCGAGCCAACUUGGAACACGCCAUGAUGGAAUCCCUGCCACCCAUGAUGUGUCAGGUGGCCUUGGACUGUUUGGUCAAGCCUCCAUCUCCAGGUGAUGCAUCCUACGAAAUGUACUCUAAGGAGAAAGCCUUCAUCAUCAACUCUUUAGCUGAACGUGCCAGGAUGGCGGAAGAGAGGCUGAACGCAAUAAAGGGAAUCCACUGCAGUCCAGUGCAGGGGUCUAUGGCUGCCUACCCCCGCAUGACCAUUCCAGCCAAGGCUAUCGAGGAAGCGCAGCGUCAGAAAAAGGAGGCUGACGUGUUCUACGCCGAGGAAUUGCUGCGCAGGAAAGGUGUUUGCGUGACGCCGAGCUCUGCAUUCGGAAGGCUGCCUGGAAAAUUUCACAUGAGGAUCACGAUACUUCCACCGAAGGACAGGCUGAUGGAAAUGUUCGAUCGACUGGAAACCUUUCAGAAAGAGCUGAUGGCUGAAUACCAGUAAAGGAGGAAGAUAAAUGGGAGCUUCAUAUACAUAAAUAAACAUUGCUGUUACCACAGAAUAAAAACGA